AUGGAUCUUGAUUAUGAAUCUGGUCAUAGAGAACAUACGUAUUUUGAAUAUUUACUUCCAUCUAAUGCACGGAGUGCACUUACUUCAGAAAAUAAUACAAAGAAUAUAGCAUUCUUGGAGGCAUAUCAUCAGGAAGAGAUUAAUUCUCAAUAUAUAAUUCAGGUAGCAGAAAAG